CUUCAACGUCUUCGUUCCCUUCGUUUUCUCGCUUAACCUCCAUUCUCCUUCCGCCGCCCGCCGCCGUCGCCGUCGCCACCGUCUUCGCGGUCCGCGGAAAGUAGAGGGAGCGGCGGGGUAGAGAGAGAAUAUUUUCCGGAAAGGGGGCGAUCGAAUUCGCUCGCGGAAAGCGAUUGCGCUUUGAUUGGGCGGAUCUCCGGAUCUAAGCGGCCCUCGACCAGUCGCCCCCACAUGCUCUGUCGCCGUUCCCCGGUCUUUUAGAUCUCCGUCGCUGUCGUCCGGCGCGGUUCGGCCGCAAACCUAAACUCCGCGCGGUUCGGCAUCAGAUGCUUAGGACUUGCCGGGUAUUUUACUUGCGGUUUCAAGAAAGGCUUCGUUGCUCUUUUGCUGGAGACUGCAUUUUGUCCGUGUUGCGGUCGACGCCAUUGAAGGUUGGAUUUCGAACGCUGUGGUAAAGUGGAAUUUUGCGGGAUUGAGUGCAAAUGGGAGAUGCAGAGGAUGGUGUGAGGCCCAAAAGAACCGUUUUCGUGACCGUUGGCACUACUUGUUUCGAUGCUCUCGUGAGGGCAGUGGAUACUCGGGAAGUUCAGCAAGAGCUGUCUGCUCGAGGCUACACCGACCUUGUUAUUCAAAUGGGUCGCGGUACCUACACCCCCAAAAAGUCUAAUGGAGAAGAUGGUUCUUUAGUCGUGGACUACUUCACUUUCUCACCGAGCAUAGUGGAUUAUUUAAGAUCAGCAUCUCUCGUGAUCAGUCAUGCAGGUUCUGGGAGUAUUUUUGAGACACUUCGACUUGGUAAACCUUUGAUUGUGGUGGUGAAUGAAGAUUUAAUGGACAAUCAUCAAACUGAGUUAGCUGAGGAACUAGCUGAGAGGAAGCAUUUGUAUUGUGCUCGUCCUCAAGCACUUUAUAAAACUAUAGCAGAUAUGGACGUGGAGUCUCUCCUUCCUUAUGUUUCCGGGGAUGCUGCGCCAGUUGCUAAGCAUAUAAACAGGUUUUUAGGAUUCCCGGAUGAUUGACAAAAUUACUCUGAGUUUGCUGAGCAUUGGCUGAGUAUUCUUUUUUGAAUCUUUUAGAGAGGUGAUGCAAUGGUUUUUGUGGAUAAUGUCAAUUAUUCUACAGCGUGAUAUCAUUUCUCCUUGUAUCGUAUUUACCUUUUAAGUUUAUAGAGCAAGAGUAGGCUGGGUCAGACAUAUAGAGAACCACAAAAUCCAAUAAAUAUUCAAUGAAUACAGAGUUAUUCCUUUCGUGUUC